CUCUCUCUCUCUCUCCUCCCGUCGCAGCUGCAACGUUUCCCCAAGCGAAGGGUAAAGCAGCAGCGGCAGCUCACGCCUCCUCCUGCUUCUCUCACUUCCCGCUUCCUAAUCCUCUCUUUCCCUUAAAGAAACCGCCUUUUUCGUCUAUUUCUGCCGGUUUUCGUCCUCGGCUUCGAUUUGGAUAUCGAUUUGCUUCGUUUGGUGUGUGUUUUUAGGGAGUUAUCGGAGGUCCGGGGAGGACAGAGGCGCUGGAUCUGCAUUUAUCAGCCAAGGAAUGCGCUUCGCUAUCGCCGGAGAUUAGGGCUUGCGAUCGCAGGGGAGCGCGCGGGGGCGUAGAAUGCGGCGACCCGCUGACGACGACGGCGACUCGGCGGAGGGAGACGGCGGGGAUGAGGUGGCUGAGGAUCGAGAGAAGCCCCCUGUUCAGAUGAGGGGCAGAUCGCAGGGCGGAGGCGGGCGGAGGGUGGCCCCCACGGUAUGCCCCGCCAACGAUGAGGAGGCGGGGGACGCGGUGGUCGAGAAGGCCCUGCCGAACGGGGACCUAUACACCGGGGAGUUCGUGGGGAGCGCGCCGCACGGGCGGGGGAAGUACCUCUGGGUGGAUGGGUGCAUGUACGAGGGGGAGUGGCGACGGGGGAAGGCUGCUGGGAAGGGGAAGUUCUCGUGGCCUUCUGGCGCCACCUUCGAGGGUGAGUUCCGGUCCGGUAGGAUGGAGGGCUUCGGCACCUUCAUCGGGGCUGACGGCAAUACCUACCGCGGCCAGUGGGUCGCCGACCGCAAGCACGGGUUGGGGAGCAAAGCCUACGCCAACGGAGACUACUACGAGGGCAUGUGGAGGCGCAACCUCCAGGAGGGCCAAGGACGGUACAUCUGGCGGAAUGGCAACCAGUACAUCGGUGAGUGGCGAGGCGGCGUCAUCAAUGGCCGCGGCGCCCUUAUCUGGGCCAACGGCAACCGAUACGACGGCCAGUGGGAGAACGGCGUCCCCAAGGGCAGCGGCGUCUUUACCUGGCCUGACGGUAGCUGCUACGUCGGCAGCUGGAGCCACGGCGAGCCCAUGGCCCUCAACGGGACCUUCUAUCCCGCCCCCACAACCGCCCGGAAGGAGACCCCCGGGAAAAGAAGCUCCUUCUUUCAUUUGGAUGAUGAGUUGGGGGUGCCGAUGACACCACUGGUUCCGUUGUCUGGGAAGCUUUCUUCAAUCGACGGUGGAGCACCUGGGAGAGGGAGCUCGGCAGCAGAGAAGAGCUUCCCCAGGAUCUGCAUAUGGGAGUUGGAUGGCGAGGCUGGGGACAUUACUUGCGACAUCAUCGACACCCUUGAGGCAGCAAUGCUUUAUAGGGAUGGAUCGACCUUCGACCAGAGCAGUGCCACCCUCAUCGGCACAGUGCAGCAGCGACAGAAUCCCUGCUGCUUAUCAACUCAUGAAGUGAAGAAGCCGGGUCAGACAAUAUCGAAGGGACACAAGAACUAUGAUUUGAUGUUAAACCUUCAACUAGGCAUUAGAUACUCAAUUGGGAAACCAGGUUCAGCACAGCUGAGGGAGCUGAGGCCAUCAGACUUUGAUCCAAUGGAGAAGUAUUGGACGAGGUUUCCUCCAGAGGGAUCGAAGAUUACUCCGCCACACUUGUCGGUUGAAUUCCGAUGGAAGGAUUACUGCCCCAUGGUCUUUAGGCACCUGAGGAAGUUGUUUUCAGUGGAUCCAGCAGAUUAUAUGUUGGCUAUUUGUGGAAAUGAUGCUCUGAGGGAGCUAUCUUCUCCUGGGAAGAGUGGAAGCUUCUUUUUCCUGACCCAGGAUGAUCGUUUUAUGAUUAAGACAGUAAAGAAAUCUGAAGCGAAGGUUCUCAUUAGGAUGUUAUCCAGUUAUUACCGCCAUGUAUGUCGGUAUGCAAACUCGUUAGUCACAAGAUUCUAUGGUGUGCAUUGCGUGAAACCUAAUGGUGGUCAAAAGGUCCGUUUCAUUGUUAUGGGUAACUUGUUCUGCUCGGAAUAUCAUAUACAUCGAAGAUUUGACUUGAAAGGUUCAUCCCAUGGCCGGACAACUGACAAGGCUGAGGAAGAGAUUGACGAGACGACAACUCUUAAGGAUCUUGACCUCAACUUUGUAUUUCGCCUCCAAACAUCUUGGUACUUAGAGCUUCUUGAACAAAUCAAGCGAGACUGCGAGUUCUUGGAAGCAGAAGGAAUUAUGGAUUAUAGUCUUCUGGUGGGGGUUCAUUUCUGUGACGAUGUCUCAGCAUCUAAAACAAGCAUAUCACCAUUUAUUGGUUCACCAAAAAUAUAUGGCAAAAAGGAAGCUUUUCAAGAAGGAGAUGCCUGGCCAGACUUACGAGACUCAAUGUCAACCUGUCAAGAUGUGAAUGGGAUUCUGGACACACGGAGACCCUUUAUCCAUCUGGGGGCAAACAUGCCAGCAAAGGCAGAGCAUGUCACAAGAAGUGAAUCCGAGCCAUUUGUAAGCGGUGUAGCAUUGUCACCACCUACACAAAGCGGCAAGCUCCAUGAUGUAUUCCUCUACUUUGGGAUAAUCGAUAUCCUUCAGGACUAUGACAUCACAAAAAAGUUGGAGCAUGCCUACAAAUCAUUGCAGGCCGAUCCCAAUUCCAUCUCGGCCGUGGACCCAAAGCUCUACUCUAGAAGGUUCCAAGAUUUCAUAAACAGAAUCUUUGUGGAAAAUGAUUAGCAUAACUUAUCAGCUCAUAGACCUUCAGAUACGAGGCAGGGAGUUUGGCCGUCGGAAUGACAUGCAUCAUCAGCUCAACAGCAAUCAAAGUAGUACAUAUAUGUGCAGCUCUAGUUAAUCUGAACACAGGAGCUUCAAAAUGCCACAAAAGGGAAGAAUUAUGUGAUUAUAGAGGCAAUUUUAAGUUUGCUACAGGUGGUGGGCGAGGCUGAAUUUUGUAGCUCAGCCAAUUUGUAUAUGGUUAUUGGAGCAAGGGAGAGUUGGAUUCCUUUUGUAUCACCCUUUUCUUUUUUUCCCUAAAAUAGGGAGGGAGUAGAAUUCAUUUGCUUCCUGAAUAGAGAAGAUUUUUUUUUAAGCAAGCUGUUGUUAGAGAUAUGGAAUAAGGCCUGUACAGAUGGAUGUUGUUGUUGAUGAUGAUGAUGAUAUAUGUAUGAUAGCAUGGUAAAAGUUAAUAUUUA